CUGCAGCUGAGCGAGCGGGCUACUGCAGAGUUAAUGUACAGUACCAGGGAGCCUGCAACUGUCCUGCUCAGAGCUGGGGAGGCACAGCCCAGGGCAGACAAGGCGGCUGCGAGGAUACCAAAGGUUCUGCCGGAAAUUCGGUGUGGGGGGACUCCAGCUGGAGCCUGUUGCCACUGUGUUUCAAAAGCAUGCAAGGUCUGUAUAGCCUCGGCAUGAGAAUCUUGCGGAUGUCAGAGCACCAGAGUAAAUGACAUCUAUUUGGGAACUGAAUUGGGGAGGUAAAGAGAACAGAGAGAAAAAGAAAGCCAGCCGAGUAAGAAAUUCUUAGACAACGUCUGCCUUGCAGCUGUGAAAUUCAUUUUCUUUUCAAGGCAACAAAUAUUAAAAGCUCACACACGGUUUUGACGACAACAAAUUAGAGGGGAUUCUGCAGUGAGAGAAUCGAUAGCUUAGUCAUUUUACUUAAAGAGAGCAGACAGCCUUAUUGUGGGGUUAGGCGGCAGAUGAAUUUCAUCACCACAGCGCCUUCUGAAGUCAUGAUGGGAGCCAGCACCAAUCCUGUCCUGCAAAGCAGAAAUUACUCAUUGCCUUCCUACUUCAGCAUUCGAAACCAGCAAUUCUGAGAUCGGGAGAAGAAGUUGCCUUGCGCUAUACAUGGUUUCUAGUCCCUCUGCCCAGGUCUUUGUCGGACACCUCUCAGACUCAGACAGUAGCACUGCGUUAAAGUGACCACACGGGAAUAUGUUCCUAAGAAAGAAGAAAAAGCAGUAUUCAUCCCUAAAGGACAGUAUGGCACAGCGACCUGAAGUUUUCCAUUUCCCUCCCAACACUUCUUUAACAAGGAUAACAAGAAACUGUCUUUUGACUCCUUUUUGUUCACAUUCCAUAGUCCUUUCUAUGAGGAUGCAUUAAUUCAUACUCAAGACACUUGGAUCUCACCAGGACAAUACUCGCCAUCAUUUAGGAGUAGAGACUGGACUGGUUCUAUUAGUGUGUUCACUGGUAGGAGCUACAUGGAUGGACUCAGACCUGCAGAACUCUGUGAUGUUUCUUUCUCCAAAUCCUGGAAGGGCUUUUGUUUUUGCUGUUUGUGUUUUUUUCUGGGGGGCGUGAUUUUUUGGGGGGGUUGAAAUUCAUUACUUGUUGCAAUAAUUAUCCAUGAUCGAUGCUCAAACCAGAGUGUUGGGAUUCAUCUGUGAAAAUCACUACAUGCAACAUAGGAGACGGGGAAAAUAUUAAUGACGGAAGAGCUGCGAACAUGAUGCAUGUGAAUACCUUCCCUUUCAGAAGGCAUUCCUGGAUAUGUUUCGAUGUGGACAAUGGCACAUCAGCGGGACGGAGUCCCUUGGAUCCCAUGACCAGCCCAGGGUCUGGGCUGAUUCUCCAAGCAAACUUUGUCCACAGUCAACGCCGGGAGUCCUUCCUGUACCGAUCUGACAGCGAUUAUGAUCUCUCUCCAAAGUCUAUGUCCAGGAACUCCUCGAUUGCCAGUGAUAUACAUGGAGAUGACUUGAUUGUGACCCCAUUUGCUCAGGUCUUGGCCAGCCUGCGAACCGUACGAAACAACUUUGCUGCAUUAACUAAUUUGCAAGACCGGGCACCCAGCAAAAGAUCACCCAUGUGCAACCAACCAUCCAUCAACAAAGCUACCAUCACAGAGGAGGCCUACCAGAAACUGGCCAGCGAGACCCUGGAGGAGCUGGAUUGGUGUCUGGACCAGCUAGAGACCCUGCAGACCAGGCACUCCGUCAGUGAGAUGGCCUCCAACAAGUUCAAAAGGAUGCUUAAUCGGGAGCUCACUCAUCUCUCUGAAAUGAGUCGGUCUGGCAACCAGGUGUCGGAGUACAUAUCAAACACAUUCUUAGAUAAGCAACAUGAAGUGGAAAUCCCCUCUCCAACUCAGAAGGAAAAGGAGAAGAAGAAGAGGCCGAUGUCGCAGAUCAGCGGGGUCAAGAAGUUGAUGCACAGCUCCAGCCUGACUAAUUCAUGUAUCCCCAGGUUUGGGGUUAAAACAGAGCAGGAAGAUGUUCUGGCCAAGGAACUGGAAGACGUGAACAAGUGGGGCCUCCACGUUUUCCGAAUAGCAGAGCUGUCUGGUAACCGGCCUCUGACUGUUAUCAUGCACACCAUUUUUCAGGAACGAGAUUUGUUAAAAACGUUUAAAAUCCCAGUAGACACUUUGAUUACGUAUCUUAUGACUCUGGAAGACCAUUACCAUGCUGACGUGGCCUAUCACAACAACAUCCAUGCUGCAGAUGUCGUCCAGUCCACUCACGUGCUGCUCUCUACACCCGCUUUGGAGGCUGUGUUCACAGACUUGGAGAUUCUCGCAGCCAUUUUUGCCAGUGCAAUACAUGAUGUGGAUCAUCCUGGUGUGUCAAAUCAAUUUCUGAUCAAUACAAACUCGGAACUCGCUCUGAUGUACAACGACUCCUCCGUCCUAGAGAACCACCACCUGGCGGUGGGCUUUAAGUUGCUCCAGGAAGAAAACUGUGACAUUUUCCAGAAUCUGACCAAAAAGCAAAGACAAUCUUUAAGGAAAAUGGUCAUUGACAUUGUCCUGGCGACAGACAUGUCGAAGCACAUGAACCUGCUGGCUGAUCUGAAAACGAUGGUUGAAACUAAGAAGGUGACGAGCUCCGGCGUCCUCCUCCUUGAUAACUAUUCUGACAGGAUCCAGGUCCUUCAGAAUAUGGUGCACUGCGCAGACCUGAGCAACCCCACAAAGCCACUCCAGCUGUACCGCCAGUGGACAGACCGGAUAAUGGAGGAGUUCUUCCGCCAGGGGGACCGGGAGCGGGAGCGUGGCAUGGAGAUAAGUCCCAUGUGUGACAAGCACAAUGCCUCUGUGGAAAAAUCACAGGUGGGCUUCAUAGACUAUAUCGUUCAUCCACUCUGGGAGACGUGGGCAGACCUUGUACAUCCCGAUGCCCAGGACAUUUUGGACACUUUGGAGGACAAUCGUGAGUGGUACCAGAGCACAAUCCCCCAGAGCCCCUCCCCUGCACCUGAUGACCAAGAGGAGGGCCGGCAGGGACAGACUGAAAAAUUCCAGUUCGAACUAACCUUAGAGGAAGACUGUGAGUCAGACACUGAAAAGGACAGUGGAAGUCAAGUGGAGGAAGACACUAGCUGCAGUGACUCUAAGACUCUGUGCACCCAAGACUCAGAGUCCACUGAAAUUCCCCUUGACGAGCAGGUUGAGGAGGAAGCUGUAGCGGCAGAAGAGAGCCAGCCCGAAACUUGCGUCGCAGAUGAUUGUUGUCCUGACACGUAACAGUAUAAAGGCUGUCCCACUCUUUCCUUUUUUUUUUUUUUUUUCCUUUUUUUUUU